AUGGAUAAAUUGGUUUUCUACCUUUCAACUGUCACCUUGAUCUUAUCUAAUUUCUACAACAAUCAACUAAUUGUGAUCGCAGGUUUUCCUCCGAUUGCUCCAAACUUAAGGAUUAUUGAGCCUUCGAUACCAAUUAACUCAUGGAAAAUAUUUAAAUCAUCAACAAUUAACUCGACCGAUAUUCCUGCUGGAAGUAAAGUUCACCUUCGUUGUGAUGGAGUUGAACCAUUAUCAUGGAAAUAUCCUGAAAAUAUUGUGGAAGAAACAAUUUUGAUGGAAAAUCUAAUCAACAUCACCGACUCAUGUCGACCUGACCAAUAUCGACCUGGGAAAAAACUUUGCUACAGUGAACUGACCUUUAGCAACGCGACCUAUGAACAGACCGGUGCUUAUACUUGUUACUAUGCGAACAGUCAAUCACCAGGCAAAUCGAUUUACUUUUUUAUCAAUGACCCUGAGUAUUUAUUGGUUCCAUAUGAAGGUAAUCCCUCGUUCAUUUUAAUAUCGGUCAUUCAAUCACAACCCGCUACGAUCCCGUGUUUGCCUACGAGUUCAUUGAUCAAUGUCACCCUUUGGAAGACUCAUACUGAGGGUGGACCACAAAUGAUUGAUACAAGUGAAGGGUCAGGGGUCACUUUUGAUCCAACCCUUGGGUUUCAUUUUGAUCAUCCAAAAUGGGACUCGGAGUCUUCAGCGUUAGAGUGCCGAGCGGUUUUCAAUGAACAAGAGGAAAAACUUUCGGUCAAUAUUCACUGGACAAUCGUUACUACUUAUGGUAUAAGGCCAAUAAUCAAUGCCGAUGAGGCUAAAUUUGCCUACAUUAAUAGCACCUUUAGUUUGACCUGCAUUGUCCAUAUUGAGGUGGGUAUUUUGAUCACCGUUGCUUGGAGCUAUCCCGCUCGUGACUUUGAACCAGCUUUUUCAAUCGAUGGCCAGUCAAAUGAUCGGGUCAUUGAGAGCGAUUCAAUCACUCAAAAAUCGGGCGAAGGAUCUUAUCAAACGGAAACUGUCGCACGUAAACUGACCGUUACCCAAGUGAAACCGGAAGACGAGGGCUACUAUUAUUGUAAUGUCACCGAUGCUCAAGGUCGAGUCUAUUCCGAUGUUAAAUAUAUCACCGUUUACGAUCAAAGUUUCCAGAAGUCGGUAAACUUUUCAACCGCUUUGAGUCGAACUCAUUUUUCACUUAAUGUCGGUGAAGUUUUGAAAUUAGUGGUCAAUGUUCACGCGAUACCGGACAUAUCGUCCGUUCAAUUGUUUUGGUUUAAGGACGGAAACAGUUUAGGUCCAGGUAAUAAAGACGAAACAACUUCAAUCAAUCCAAUGUUAACAUCUCAACCUCAUAGUUCAGUUAAAUUACAAAUCGACGCUAAUCAAGCAAUUCUGACCAUCGAUAAAUUGACCAUGAGGGACACUGGUGUUUAUACCCUGGUCGGUAAUACUACUGACAUGUCGGCCGAGAUAUCGAUAACUGUUGAGGUCAAAGGUUCACCGUUUGUUGAGAUCACAAGUCGAGAAAAGUUUUACAAUUCAACAAGUUCUUACAAUAUAACCUGUACAGCUUUGGCCAGUCCACUUCCCGUCAUCAAUUGGUCAUUUUUUCCGUGUAAGCCAUCACUUUGCGGUCAAUACACAAAACUUUCAUCUGCUUAUGGUCAAUGGGUCGAUCCACUAAUCGACCUGGUCAACAAUGAAUCCAUAAUAGUUGAAUCAACUAACCAAAGUGUCAACUCAAAUCUAUUCAAACCUUUCACGAUCAGAUCAACAUUGAACAUUGGAAACGCUUCGAAAAGUGGAAUCUACCGAUGCUAUGGUGAAAAUCUAAACGGCACUAAUCAUAUGGAUAAACAUUUCAUCGUGACCAGCGCUGGACCUGAAGGUUUCGCCGUCAAAAUAAACGCAAGUGAAGUGGUUCAAGAAGAUGAUCUAAUGAUCACCUGUUUCGCUUCACUUUACAAUUACACGAAAAUUGAUUGGUACAAAAUGCCGACCGGUGAGGCCUAUUCAUCGUUACGAAUGUUGUACAAUCAAACUGAUCGGAUAAUCAUCUCAACCUUUAUUGAAAAUGAGUCUACACUAAUCAGUAAAUUGUUACUCCCCAAGGUCGAUAGAACCGCUUCGGGUGUUUAUUAUUGUAAUGCGACUUUACGUAAUGUCACUAAUGGUUCAAAUUCAUUGGUACCAACAAACUUUUCAGUUAAACAAUUGAAUGUCUCAGUUGAAUCAAUUGUUUCACCGAAAUUUAUCAAGACCAAUAUGAUUGAUAAAUUGGUUACCGUCCAUCCAUCGACAAUGUAUGAAUUUCAUUGUUUCACUCAAGGUAAACCAAAGCCUCAUAUCGAGUGGAUGAAAAAUGGUAAAAAUUUCAACACCAGCGGCAUGUUUGGUGUUGACCUGACAGAAGAUGGACAAAGGUUAACUAUCCAUCGGUUGGUGAGCAGUGAUUCGGGCAAAUAUCAGUGUAAGAUAUCAAAUCGUGGGGGAGUUGUAAAUGUUUACUCGUCUCUUAAGGUUCUCGGUGAUUCAAACGACGGCCUAAGUUUGCCCAAUAUUAUGGCCAUUGCGACGUUCCUUGUGGUCGCACUGGUUUUGGUGUUUAUUGCUUUCGCAAUUGGUAAACGAAUUAGGGAAGAUCGUAAAAGGCAAAUUGAAUUUUUUACGGCCAACCUUUUCAAUCCAUCGGCAUUGGAAUCGUUUAAUCCUGAGUUGCCGUUCGAUGAACAGGUCGCUUUACUUUCUUAUGAUUCGCGUUGGGAGUUUCCCGAUAAUCGAUUGAAAAUGCUUCGAACCUUGGGUGAAGGUGCUUUUGGUCGGGUCAUUUUGGCCGAAGCGGUUGGACUUGGUGAUUCGGGUGAAUCUCAAAUGGUCGCAGUGAAAAUGUUAAAGCCAAACUCUGAUUACGCUCAAAAGAAAGCGUUAAUUGCUGAAUUGAAAAUCUUAAUUCACUUGGGUCGUCAUUUGAAUAUCGUUAAUUGUUUAGGUGCUGUUACUAAAAACAUGGAUCGCGGUAAAUUAAUGGUCAUCGUUGAAUAUUGUCCAUACGGUAAUUUAAGGGAUUACAUGAGGGAGAGACGAGAAGGUUUCAUUGAUCAGAUUGAUCCAAUUACCGGAUUAAUUGAUCGAAAGCGAGGAUUCCGACGAUUAGAUGAAAGUGACAUAUCAAAGUCAAUGGAAGAUGUCGAUCUUGGUGUUAAUAGUAUCGAGGGUCAAGGUGAAAGUGGAAUGGUCAAUAAUCCAUAUUAUUCGAAUAAUAAUUUCAAUUCUCCGCCAUUACUUCAAGUUGAGGGUGUUCGAUAUGCUAAUGUUUCGUCAGGUCAAGAUAAUUGCGAUUCUAAUUCAGUUCGAAUAACUUAUUCUAAUGGUAAACACGAUGACCAUUCCAACGAUAAAAUGGACCCAGGAGAUUAUCAUCAAGUGACCACUUGUGAUCUAAUCGCUUUCGCCUUCCAGGUAGCCAGAGGAAUGGAAUAUCUAGAACAGAAAAGGUUAAUCCAUCGGGAUUUAGCUGCUCGAAAUGUUCUGGUCGCUGAAAAAGGAGUGGUCAAGAUCUGCGAUUUCGGUUUAGCUAAAAACAUUCAACAAGAUGACAAUUACGUGAAGAAGGGCGAUGCCCCUUUACCAAUUAAAUGGAUGGCGAUUGAAUCGAUUGGCGAUCGGGUGUUCACAAUCAGAUCGGACGUUUGGUCAUUUGGCGUUUUGCUUUGGGAAAUUUUCACUUUGGGAAAAUCACCUUAUCCAGGAAUUCCGGCUGACCAGCACUUUUAUGAGCAACUGGUCAAAGGCUAUCGAAUGGAGCAGCCGGACAAAUGUCCACAAAUGGUUUACAACAUGAUGAUUAAUUGUUGGCAAUCAAAUCCUGCCCAUCGGCCAAGUUUCACACAAUUAGCUAAUUCGCUUGGUUGUUUAAUUGAAGAUUCGGUUCGUAAUUAUUACCUUGAGCUUAAUUAUCCUUAUCAAGAGGCAAAUAAAGCGAUGGUCAAUGAUGAAGAUGAAACUAAUGGUCAACAGAAUGACGAUGAGAUUAAUUAUCUUGCCAUGAGUGGACCUUCAGAUGAUUAUGAGAACAUGGGUCCAAUUAACCGACCUUCAUCUGACCCUUUCGACCAUUAUGAUGCAAUAACUUCAAUUCGUCCUCUUGAGCCUAAUCAUGUUAGUCCAAUGGAAAUUGUUCCGAUGAUUCAUUUUGAUUGUUACGAGGAAAAUAACAAACUAAUCAACAAUCAUCAGCAAUUAAUUAAUCACGAUAAUGGGGGUGGUGAUGGGUCAAACUAUCUCUCAAUGAAUGUAACUCCAAUGACCACUGAUUAUCAAUCAUCAGUGAAACCAGAACAAUUUAAACCAAAUUAUAAUCUAGUCAUUGAUCAACCAGUUUACACUAAUCUAAAUACUGUUACUUGUAAAUUGUAAGCUCAACAAUUAACAAAUCAAGACUAGAUUAUAAUUGGAAUCACAAUCAAAUAUUAAUUGUUACAUUUAAUUGUUUCUCUCCGACCAAAAUCAACUUAGUUACUUAAUUGCUUUCUAUUGAAAAUAUUAAAUUCACCAAAACUGACCAAUUAAUGUAAAUCAAAUUGAAAAUUAUCCUAAUUGUUAAUAUUAAUAAACCAAAUCUCCUCAUCAUUUUGUUACAAAUAAAAAUUAACUGAUCAAUUUCACAA